AGACAAAAACAGAAUAAGGGUUGAAACGCGCUUCUAAAAAAGAGACGCCGGACCAGAUCAUCAGUAUGGGUACUAUAAAGUAACAACCCAUUGUCAGUCAUGUACUGUCAAAUUUGAAAGCUUCCUGCAUCCAUACUGGAAGAGAUAGUGGAUAAAAAGGCAAAGAUUACAGGCCAAAAGAUCUCGACUUGGGUGUGCUAAAAUGGGGAGACUUUCAAAACCCAUGAUGGGUUUCAUGCUAUUAUGCUGUUUAGCAGUGCUCACUGAAGCAGAAUACAUAAAAUACAAGGACCCAAAACAGCCAUUGGGUGCAAGAAUCAAAGACCUCAUGAAGCGAAUGACCCUUGAAGAAAAGAUCGGCCAAAUGGUGCAGAUCGAGCGCACUGUUGCCACCCCAGAUGUCAUGAAGCAAUACUUCAUUGGGAGUGUGUUGAGUGGUGGAGGGAGUGUACCGGCUCCAAAGGCCUCAGCUGAGACUUGGAUCAAUGCAGUGAAUGAGAUCCAAAAGGGAUCUCUAUCGACCCGUCUCGGGAUUCCUAUGAUUUAUGGGAUUGAUGCAGUUCAUGGCCACAACAACGUGUACAAUGCCACUAUUUUCCCUCACAAUGUUGGGCUUGGUGUCACCAGGGAUCCUCAACUUGUCAAGAAGAUUGGAGAGGCAACAGCUCUUGAAGUUAGAGCAACAGGAAUUCCAUACGUUUUUGCUCCGUGCAUUGCGGUUUGCAGGGACCCACGAUGGGGUCGGUGCUAUGAAAGUUAUAGUGAGGACCCUAAGAUUGUUCAAGCAAUGACUGAGAUUAUACCUGGCUUGCAAGGAGAACUCCCUGCCAAAUCUCGAAAGGGCAUUCCCUUUGUUGCUGGAAAACAAAAGGUUGCAGCCUGUGCUAAGCACUUUGUGGGAGAUGGUGGCACAACCAAGGGCAUUGAUGAGAAUAACACUGAAAUCAGUUUAAAUGGAUUGCUCAGCAUCCACAUGCCGGCUUACUAUAACUCUAUUAGCAAGGGUGUUGCAACAGUUAUGGUAUCUUACUCAAGCUGGAAUGGGAAGAGGAUGCAUGCUAAUGGUGAUCUUGUUACUGGUUUCCUCAAGAACAAGCUAAAGUUCAAGGGUUUUGUCAUAUCAGAUUGGCAGGGUAUUGACAGGAUUACCUCCCCUCCUCAUCUUAACUAUUCAUACUCUGUUGAAGCUGGAGUUGGUGCUGGAAUUGACAUGAUCAUGAUUCCGUACAACUUUACAGAGUUCAUUGAUGAUCUAACCUAUCAGGUGAAGAACAAUAUUAUCCCAAUGAGUAGAAUAGAUGAUGCUGUGAAGAGAAUCUUGAGGGUUAAAUUUGUCAUGGGUAUCUUUGAGAAUCCUCUAGCUGAUUUCAGCCUGGUCAACCAACUUGGUAGUAAGGAACAUAGAGAAUUGGCAAGGGAGGCUGUGAGAAAAUCACUUGUACUACUAAAGAAUGGAAAAUCUGCUGACAAGCCCUCGCUUCCCCUUCCCAAGAAAACAGCAAAGAUACUAGUUGCAGGUAGUCAUGCCGACAACUUAGGCAAUCAAUGCGGAGGCUGGACAAUAACAUGGCAGGGUCUUGGCGGCAAUGAUCUCACAAUUGGUACUACAAUCCUGAAUGCUGUGAAAAAUACAGUUGAUCCUACCACCCAGGUUGUCUACAAUGAGAAUCCUGAUGCAGAGUUUGUCAAGUCCAACAAAUUCUCCUUCGCCAUUGUUGUUGUGGGCGAGCCUACGUAUGCAGAAAUGUAUGGUGAUAGCUUCAAUCUAUCCAUACCAGAACCUGGCCCAAGCACUAUCAACAAUGUUUGCGGUGCUGUCAAAUGUGUUGUUGUUGUCAUUUCUGGCCGUCCUGUUGUGAUCCAGCCUUACCUCGCAAAAUUAGAUGCUCUUGUGGCUGCUUGGCUUCCAGGAACUGAAGGCCAAGGCGUUGCUGACCUAUUGUUUGGUGACUUUGGAUUCUCAGGCAAGCUUGCUCGUACAUGGUUCAAGACAGUCGACCAGCUCCCAAUGAAUAUUGGUGAUCCCCAUUAUGACCCUCUAUUUCCAUUUGGGUUUGGCUUGACAACUAAACCUACCAAGAACUAGGACACCAUUUAGGAUGGAUGGCUUCUUCUAUCAGCAUUUUUUCCUAGCUUGGGAUACUCUGGACCUCCAUGAGGUUUACCGAGUGUAUUGUUUUCGAGAAAUAAUAUUCAAUGACCUUUUGACA